GAACCGGUUUCAACCGGUUGCGAGUUAGUUGCUUGAGAGGAGAGAAGAGAGGAGGCGCAGGCACACAACCUCCAUACCGCCCUGCUGGAAAAUUAUUAGAGUAACGAACAAAUUAGUGAAUCAAGGUUUACUUAGUUUCGUAAAAUGUGUCGGAGUGACAGAUUGUUAGGUCUGCCGUGAUAGUAGUUUUGGAAUCCACAUCAGUGGUUCUUACCAGCCAGACAUCAUUCACUGCUGGAGCUGGAGAUACUAGUCAACGCUGCAGAGAUAGGAAAUCUUUUCUAAUCAUCAGAUAUACUGAACUACACAAAGUAUCUAGUAGCUUAUUUGGCAAACGCCACUCUUUUCAGUCAGAGCCUUGGACUUUAGAGCUCUAUGCCAGCAGUUAUGACAAUGUUAGCAGACCAUGCAGCACAGCAGCUGCUGGACUUCAACCAGAAACUGGAUAUCAACCUGCUGGAUAAUGUGGUGAACUGUCUGUAUCAUGGGGUGGGACCACAGCAAAGAAUGGCACAGGAAGUGUUGACACACUUAAAAGAGCACCCAGAUGCCUGGACGAGAGUGGACACCAUCCUUGAGUUCUCCCAGAACAUGAACACCAAAUACUAUGCUCUUCAAAUUCUGGAAACGGUUAUCAAAACAAGAUGGAAGAUUCUUCCCAGGAAUCAAUGUGAAGGUAUAAAAAAGUAUGUUGUUGGACUCAUUAUCAAGACUUCAUCUGAUGCAUCAAGUGUAGAGAAAGAGAAGGUGUACAUUGGGAAGCUCAACAUGAUCCUUGUUCAGAUCCUGAAGCAGGAGUGGCCCAAGCACUGGCCCACCUUCAUCAGUGACAUUGUGGGGGCAAGUCGUACCAGCGAGAGCCUCUGCCAGAACAACAUGGUCAUCCUGAAGUUGCUCAGCGAGGAGGUGUUUGACUUCUCUAGUGGCCAGAUGACCCAGGUCAAGGCCAAGCACCUAAAGGACAGCAUGUGCAAUGAAUUCUCCCAGAUCUUCCAGCUGUGUCAGUUUGUUAUGGAAAAUUCCCAGAAUGCCCCCCUGGUCCAUGCUACCCUGGAGACACUCCUGCGUUUUCUCAACUGGAUUCCUCUGGGGUACAUCUUUGAAACCAAACUGAUCAGCACAUUGGUGUAUAAGUUCUUGAACGUGCCCAUGUUCCGCAACGUGACGCUGAAGUGCCUGACAGAAAUUGCGGGCGUGAGUGUCAGCCAGUACGAGGAGCAGUUUGUUACCCUCUUCACACUGACCAUGUGUCAGCUCAAACAGAUGCUGCCUCUGAACACCAACAUUCGGCUGGCCUACGCCAACGGGAAGGACGACGAGCAAAACUUCAUCCAGAACCUCAGUCUGUUCCUGUGCACUUUCCUCAAAGAGCACGGGCAGCUCAUUGAGAAGCGGCUCAACCUCAGAGAGACAUUAAUGGAGGCCCUCCACUACAUGCUGCUGGUGUCAGAGGUGGAAGAGACUGAGAUCUUCAAAAUCUGCCUGGAGUAUUGGAACCACUUGGCCGCUGAGCUCUACAGAGAGAGUCCCUUUUCCACAUCCACAUCCCCUCUGCUUUCUGGCAACCAGCACUUUGACGUGCCCCCACGCAGACAGCUCUAUCUGCCUGUUCUCUCCAAGGUGCGUCUGCUGAUGGUAAGUCGGAUGGCCAAGCCAGAGGAGGUCCUGGUGGUGGAGAAUGAUCAGGGGGAGGUGGUCAGAGAGUUCAUGAAGGACACCGAUUCCAUCAAUCUCUACAAGAAUAUGAGGGAGACCCUUGUGUACCUGACUCACUUGGAUUAUGCGGACACAGAGCGCAUAAUGACAGAGAAGCUUCACAACCAGGUGAAUGGCACUGAAUGGUCCUGGAAGAACCUCAACACACUGUGCUGGGCCAUUGGAUCCAUCAGUGGGGCUAUGCACGAGGAGGACGAGAAGAGGUUCCUGGUCACAGUCAUUAAGGACCUGCUGGGGCUGUGUGAGCAGAAGAGAGGAAAGGACAACAAGGCCAUCAUCGCCUCUAACAUCAUGUACAUUGUUGGCCAGUACCCUCGUUUUCUUAGGGCCCACUGGAAGUUCCUCAAAACUGUGGUCAACAAGCUCUUUGAGUUCAUGCACGAGACCCAUGAUGGAGUUCAGGACAUGGCAUGUGACACCUUCAUUAAGAUUGCCCAAAAGUGUCGGCGCCACUUUAUCCAGGUGCAGGUGGGAGAGGUGAUGCCCUUCAUUGACGAGAUUCUCAACAACAUUAACACCAUCAUCUGUGACCUUCAGCCUCAGCAGGUGCACACGUUUUAUGAAGCAGUAGGGUAUAUGAUUGGGGCCCAGACAGACCAGGCCGUUCAGGAGCACCUGAUAGAGAAAUAUAUGCUGCUGCCCAAUCAAGUGUGGGACAGCAUCAUCCAGCAAGCCACCAAGAACGUGGACAUCUUGAAGGACCCAGAGACCGUGAAGCAGCUGGGCAGCAUUCUGAAGACCAACGUCAGGGCCUGCAAAGCAGUGGGACAUCCCUUUGUCAUCCAGCUGGGACGGAUUUACCUUGACAUGCUCAACGUCUACAAGUGCCUCAGCGAGAACAUCUCUGCUGCCAUUCAGACCAAUGGUGAGAUGGUGACAAAGCAGCCGCUGAUCCGGAGUAUGAGAACAGUGAAACGGGAGACUCUGAAGCUGAUCUCAGGCUGGGUCAGCCGAUCCAACGACCCACAGAUGGUUGGUGAGAACUUUGUUCCCCCCCUGCUGGACGCCGUCCUCAUUGACUAUCAACGCAAUGUCCCCGCCGCCCGCGAGCCCGAAGUCCUCAGUACCAUGGCAACUAUUGUCAACAAGCUGGGUGGACACAUCACCAGCGAGAUACCCCAGAUCUUCGAUGCCGUCUUUGAGUGCACGCUAAACAUGAUCAACAAGAACUUUGAGGAGUAUCCAGAGCACCGGACCCACUUCUUCUACCUUCUCCAAGCUGUAAACUCUCACUGCUUCCCCGCGUUCCUCGCCAUCCCUCCAGCCCAGUUCAAACUGGUGCUGGACUCCAUCAUCUGGGCCUUUAAACACACCAUGAGGAAUGUGGCCGACACUGGCCUGCAGAUACUGUACACCAUGCUCCAGAACGUGGCCCAGGAGGAAGCAGCCGCUCAGAGUUUCUACCAGACGUAUUUCUGCGAUAUACUGCAGCACAUUUUCUCUGUGGUCACUGACACAUCGCACACCGCUGGCCUGACGAUGCAUGCAUCCAUCCUGGCCUACAUGUUCAACCUGGUGGAGGAGGGGAAGAUCACUGCAGCGCUGAACCCCGCCAGCCCCACCAACAACCAGGUGUUCAUCCAGGAAUAUGUGGCCAAUCUGCUUAAGACUGCCUUCCCUCACCUACAAGAUGCUCAGGUGAAGGUGUUUGUGACGGGGCUGUUCAGCUUGAACCAGGACAUUCCUGCCUUCAAGGAGCAUCUGAGGGACUUCCUAGUCCAGAUAAAGGAGUUUGCAGGUGAGGACACCUCAGAUCUGUUCCUGGAGGAGAGGGAGGCGUCACUCCGACAGGCCCAGGAGGAGAAACACAAGAUCCAGAUGUCGGUCCCAGGCAUCCUCAACCCUCACGAGAUCCCAGAGGAGAUGUGCGACUAAGCCCCUGCUCAGUCUAACUGUACAGUACUCCAAACUUAACCCUAACCACAGCAAACACAACAAAACCCAAGAGAGGCACUUGAGUGUGGUGGGAGGCUGCAGGCCAUCCCAUUGGAUGUUUGUUGACCAAAAUAAUGCCAAUACUCUGUAAAUGAUUACCGCAUCACCCUGUGGUCCUUUUUACAUGAUCAGCGUUUUCUAUGGAGACUUUUUGUGUAAUAACUUUCCAAAAAUCUAACUUAUGUUCUGUCGGUCUCGGGCCCAUCUCAGACCUGCAUGAUGAAGUUGUAACGAUUAGGACAAGUUAACCAUGUUUUGGAUCCGUUUCCGUCACUUUCCUCAUUCUGUUUCCCAGUUCUUCCCUCUUUCCCAUCUCUUUGGUUAUAUCUAGAUCUAUUCUACACCCAGUCUGGGCAGGGCGGGGGUGGGGGAUUGUGAAAAAAAACGGCCCGUGUGUUGCGUUGGCAUAGAAGCUUCUAGACCCCGUGGUGUGACAGAAAGUGAUCUUUUAGAGGAGCACGCACCUCGUGUUUGGUGCCCCACAGCAUUGUGGGAGAAUGUGAAUCUAAUGGAAAAUGAAUGAAGGCUGAGAGAUGCUGUUCGUGCAGCAGCAUCUGUUGCUCAUGACUUUCUGCUUCACCCAAAAACCCGAGCUGCUGCUGCGGCCGCCGCCGCCAGCAUGAGGUUUUUUCAGGGAAAGCAAAGCAAAUAUGUGCAUAUCAUCCCAAUUGUAUAGCAUCUUUAAUACCAUGGGAACAUUUUUUUUUUUUCUCCUCUUAUUCUGUUAUUUCUUUUUUGUUGUGGGUGUGUGCGCGUGUGUGCUGUCGCCUAGUCGACAUCAGCGUUUUGUUUUCCUCUAAGAGGAUUGUUGCUCAUUUGUGAGCCUUCAUUAAUGGGAUGUUUUAAGGAAGUGGCGGAGGUAUUUAUGGGUUCUUUGGUUGGUUGCAUCUUUAUAACAACUCCUGUUUAACUCAGAUGGCUUUCGAGAUUUUGAACUGUACUAAUUUAGAUUGUUUACCAUGCAGUAGUGCUUCAAGACACUACCUUUAGAGCAAAAUGAGAAAUAAACCUGGGUUUACAUUUAAUUUUGUAUUUUUGCAUUUUUCAUUUGUAACUCUUUGAGUUUUGUCCAAAUAAAGGCUUUUUUUUUUUUUUUUUUUUGGUCCAGAUAGCAAAUGAAUUGCCAAUGAGUUUAAUUAGGAAAGAAUGUAUAGAUCCAAAUACGCAUCCAAUCUCUAAUGGCAAAUUUCCCUUCUCAAGGUGUUACAUUUGUUGUGAACUUUUUGAACUGAUUAAAGUUGAGAA